CUCGGCACGACCCAGAGUGACCCAGGCGAGGCAGGGUAGGACAAGGGCAAGGAGGCAGCAAACAGGAGCUACAUACAAGUAUGGCACCUCGGAGUCGGGCGCGAACCCGGUCGAACAUGCCGUCUGGAAGCAGGGCGCGGAAGCUGGCAUCACCCAUGGAUAGCUCGGCCAGCUCAACCGCAGGCCGGUCGUGGACGCUAAACGAGCACGUCCUCUUCGUCAUCGGAUUGGAGGUCUUUGGCCGCGGAGACUGGCGAUCCAUCGCCACCAAGUACGUGCGGACGCGGAACCCGUCGCAGGUCGCCUCGCACGGGCAAAAGUACUACUCGCGCCAGAAACGCAUCACCUCGGGCAAGAUUGUCUCGUCGACGGCAAAGUCGGACGAGUCGCUCCACUGGGCAUGCACUGAUGUCAAUAUUGUCGACAUUCUUGCCAGCCGCGAUGCGGAAGGCCCACCCAAGUCGCUGCUCUGGUCCUCGCUUGUCAAGUACGUCCACUCGCCGGCUUAUCUCAACGCCGUCACCGAAGAUGACGACCCGAACAAGCCUAAGAUGUGGUCGCGGACCGAGCACGCCCUCUUCCUCCUUGCCGUCGAAGACUUUGGCGCCGGCGCCUGGGACCAGAUUGCAGACUAUCUUCCGCGCCGCACCAUCCAGCAGAUCAAGACACACUCGCGCAAGUUCUACCGUCAAUCGCGCGCCCGCGCAAAGAAGCGGGCCGCACAGGCUCAAGCUGCGGCAGAAGGCAAAGUGCCCAAGCGCAAGUCGCGCGGCACCGCUCUCCGCCGUUCCGUCUUUGACAUCGACCUUGACUCCCUCAAAAUCCAAGAGAACACCGAUGAUCUCGACAUCAUCCGCGCCAAGUACCUUGCCCUCCGCGACACGCCCGACGACGUGCCCGAGCCCAUCGCCUUUACCCGCGCCCUCGACGCCUCGCGCUACUCGGCACUGCUCAUGCGGCUCUCAAAGUCCAAUAUCGCCAAGCUCACCUACUCGGAGGUCCCAUCGUCUAUGCCGCUACCACCCGGCAUGGAGCAUCCGCAUGUUCCGGUCAUUCCGGCACCGUUUAUCUCAGCGGAGACCCAGCAGACGAUGCAGGCCGCGUUUGCCGCGGCUGCUGCUGCUGCUGCUGCUGCCCCCGGUAUGCCGCCGCCAGUUGCCCCGCCCCCCGUCUCACAUCCGUCCGCACGCCCAUCGCUGCCAUUGAGCACACCGCCGCCCGCCGUGCCCGACCGUGUGCCCGCGGGCGUGGCGGCCAACCGCGUCUCGAUGGCUGUCGUGCCCGAGCGCAGACUCUCGGUCUCGUCGCUCAAACGCAAGCGCGCGCCCGAGUCGUCAGACAAAGCUUCACAGCUGCGGAUGGAGGAGGAUCUGUUACUCUCACUGGCCAAGCGGUCCAAGCCGUUGCCGCCGACCGAGCUCCAGCGCCAUCGCUCGAGCCCGGCUUCAGCUAUGGGUCCGCCGGCACAGCCGGCCUCGCGCCCGCGCUCCCAGGUCGGCUCUGGAACGCAAACGCCCGUCACUGCCGCUCUCGGCCUGCCGCCCUUCAGCAGAGAUGUCUCGCUCGGCCACGUCCCAUCGACUGGCGACAUCCCGACGGAGCUCAGGGUACUCACCGACGAAUCAGCCCGGCUGUCGAACCCCAACAUCUCGAUCUCGGCCGUUUCGGACGUGCUCCGGCAGACGUACCCCGAGUACGCCAUGGGCAUGGCGACGUCGUCCUCGCACUCUCUCGGCCACGUUCCUAUUGCCGCCACUUCGAGAUCGAUGGCUGUUUCGCCCAUGAAUCAGUCCAUCGCCAUGGACGCCAACGCCCUGCCGCGCACUCUCCCUGACGCGUGGGUCCUCUCAUCCAACUCGACAGAGUUCCGCUCAGUCGCCGGCGGCGCUAGCGAGUCACAGGCCGCAUCGCAGACCGAGUCACCGGCGGCGAUGACUACCUCGGCGUAGGGGUUAGUUUCUACGCGCACGCUUUCGGCGUCGGCUGUGCCGCACCUCCGCCUCUCUGCGCCGGCGUACGCCUCGUCGAUGGCUAGUGGCGCACUCACUGUGUCACUGGCCACCGCCUUCCACCCCCAUGAAACACGCUUGUGUCAUUGC